AGCCUGCGCCUCAUCUCCUUAUGCUCCAACACGUAUAGUGUAGCGAAGGGCUUGUUUGAUAGAUAAGACAUGACUCUUCACCACGCCUAAAAUGCCACAACACUUGAGUUCUAAUGCGGUAAAAUUAUCGGACCGGAGAAGAGUGUCUUUAGGACAAAUCGCACUCCCAGUACGACCGUCCGCUUCAGACCUUGUACAAAAUGCAGCGGUAGUACAUCAAUCUUAUCUUCACCUCUGUGCGGUUCUUGAAUCGCUAGACCUCAGCCAGUAUCGGCAAACCCUAGUUGAUCAUGGUUUUAACUCCUGGGAAUCAAUGCUUAACAUCAACGAAAACGACUUUGAGCAACUCAAGGUCAAACGUGGUCAUCGAAGAAAACUUGAGCGUAUAAUCAGCAUCUCAGCCAACGACGCAAUGUCACAGCUACCACACUGCACCAAUGCCCUGUCACGUCUGAAGAUAGGAAAGCAUCCUCAACACAUCUUGGAUUAUAUGCAUGAGGAUGCUAGAGUGAGCAAGCAAUCGUUGAUUGAAGAUAAAAUUAUGGAGCAGCCAGGUCAGGUCACCAGACCCGUUGCUUGCUUCUAUGUUCAGCCUAGGAUCGGCGCAAACGCGUCUCAGGAUCCCUACUAUCGGGCUAUGUAUCUCAAAAACCGCACCCGCGAGGAGUUCCUAUACAAGCUUGGAACGAAGUGCGACGUCACCCUUUCACAAAUCAUACAAACCGUACGAGUCAACAAGUUAGGUCUGGAAUGUAUCUUUGAUGACGCAGCUGUUUGCGAUCUAGCAGAAGGUCAAGACAUGGUUGCUGAGUUUCAGGAUAUACAGCUGCGAUCGGACUGGAAUGUUCUUCCGGAUAUGCAAGACUAUAGCAACAUCAACUCGGUCAAGGCUGCGGAGUCUAGGAUUUUCGUACUUAGAUUGUACUACUAGCUGAUCUGAGGAUAGUAUGGUGGUAGAGUGAGUGGUGACAGCUGAUGGGAAGGUCACGGGCCGGGCUCGGCUUCAUGCAUGUGGGA